UCCACCCAGGUGAACUCCUCGUCCCUCAACUCCCCAACGGGCCGGGGCUCCAUGGCCGCCCCCUCGCUGCACCCUUCCCUGGGGCCUGGCAUCGGCUCCUCGCUCGGCUCCCCGGGGCCGCUGCACUCGCCCAUCAGCACCCUGAGCUCCCCCAUCAACGGCAUGGGCCCGCCCUUCUCGGUCAUCAGCUCCCCCAUGGGCCCCCACUCCAUGUCGGUGCCCACCACGCCCACCCUGGGCUUUGGCACUGGCAGCCCCCAGCUCAACUCCCCCAUGAACCCCGUCAGCAGCAGCGAGGACAUCAAGCCCCCGCUGGGCCUCAAUGGCGUCCUCAAGGUCCCCGCCCACCCCUCAGGAAACAUGGCGUCUUUCACCAAGCACAUCUGUGCCAUCUGCGGGGACCGCUCUUCAGGCAAGCACUACGGGGUGUACAGCUGCGAGGGCUGCAAGGGCUUCUUCAAGCGGACGGUGCGUAAGGACCUGACCUACACCUGCCGGGACAACAAGGACUGCCUGAUCGACAAGCGGCAGCGCAACCGCUGCCAGUACUGCCGCUACCAGAAGUGCCUGGCCAUGGGCAUGAAGCGGGAAGCCGUGCAGGAGGAACGCCAGCGGGGCAAGGAUCGCAACGAGAACGAGGUGGAGUCCACCAGCAGCGCCAACGAUGACAUGCCCGUGGAGAAGAUUCUGGAAGCCGAACUGGCCGUGGAGCCCAAGACCGAGACCUACGUGGAGGCAAACAUGGGGCUGAACCCCAGCUCGCCCAACGACCCCGUCACCAACAUCUGCCAGGCAGCCGACAAGCAGCUGUUCACCCUGGUGGAGUGGGCCAAGCGGAUCCCGCACUUCUCAGAGCUGCCGCUGGACGACCAGGUCAUCCUGCUGCGGGCCGGCUGGAACGAGCUGCUCAUCGCCUCCUUCUCCCACCGCUCCAUCGCCGUGAAGGACGGGAUCCUCCUGGCCACCGGGCUGCACGUCCACCGGAACAGCGCCCACAGCGCAGGGGUGGGCGCCAUCUUUGACAGGGUGCUGACGGAGCUGGUGUCCAAGAUGCGGGACAUGCAGAUGGACAAGACAGAGCUGGGCUGCCUGCGAGCCAUUGUGCUCUUCAACCCCGACUCCAAGGGGCUCUCGAACCCGGCCGAGGUGGAGGCGCUCAGGGAGAAGGUCUACGCGUCCCUGGAGGCGUACUGCAAACACAAGUACCCCGAGCAGCCGGGAAGGUUCGCCAAGCUGCUGCUGCGCCUGCCGGCCCUGCGCUCCAUCGGGCUCAAGUGCCUGGAACACCUGUUCUUCUUCAAGCUCAUCGGGGACACGCCCAUCGACACCUUCCUCAUGGAGAUGCUGGAAGCCCCGCACCAAAUGACUUAGGCCCUCGGCCCCUCACCCGCCGGGCCGGCCGCCCCGUCUGGACGCCAGCUGCUCUCAGCCUGAGCCUGCUCCGCCCUUCUCUGCCUGGCCUGUCUGGACCUUUGGGGCGCAGCCUGUCACUGCUCGGCCUGAGAGACAUGUCACCUCCUCAUU